AUGUCACAGUCGAUGCUCACCGGAACGCAAUUGAACUCAAAUAUGACCUGUCUAUUUAAAUGGAGCUACCAACCUUCCAUCCCUGUACUUUGCGACUUCACCCAGUCGUUCGCAAAGCCAAGACAGAAGCUCGAAGCUGUGGAAGCUGAGAUAGAACGAAUGCAAGCUAUGCUUGUCAGUUUACAGCAAUUUCGUGUCCAGCUCAAGGAACACAUUGGCGAUCUUGAGACGCCAAUACCACCCAUUCAACGGGUACCCCGAGAGAUAUUACUCGAGAUAUUUAAAUAUUGUAUCCCUUCGGGACAAUGUCGGGCAACUGCAACCAAGGAGGCACCUCUGCUUCUUGGUCGCGUAUGCAAGGAGUGGAGACAGUUUUCCUUGGCUGUCCCUGACCUAUGGACUACACCACAAUUCUUAGUCCGACCUUGGCGUGACGCUGAAAAGGAAAGGUUGAAACGCAGUGUGGAAUACUGGUUGCAGAGGUCCCAACAGCUUCCUGUCUCAGCCGCGUUCGUAUGGAACGAGAUCGAGGGCUCUAGUUGGGAUCCUAUCCCCCUGAUCGCCGGUUUCAUUAACACACACUCACAUCGCUGGCAAUCCCUUUCAUUCAAUAUGCCAACGACAUAUCUAUCUGCAUUACUCGCUGCGAUCGAUCGCAGCUCCCCCUUGCUCAAAGAACUCAUUCUCAAAACUCACCAACCGCGCACUCUCCGGAGGUCAAACACCAACCUGACCCAUUUUGCACCUCAGCUUCGCUCCAUCACUUUGCAGUCGCUCGACGUUCGAGAUAUUUGCGCUCCUUGGGAGCAGCUAACCGAGCUCUCUUUGAAGAAACUUACGCAGAGUGGAGUUUCAGGGCAAACUUGCAAUGUCUUCUUUAAAAACUUGAACCAGUGUUCGAACCUCAAGUCCUUGACACUUAGUCUUGAUGAAGCAUUCCAAUUUGAAGAUACCGUGCCGAGUGGUUCAGUUAUACUUCCAAAUCUGGAAAACCUAACGAUCGAGGCAUGCUCCAAUGCCAUAUUGCUCGACGAUGACUGUCGGGGUCAGUUCAUGGAUGCUCUCAUAGUGCCAAAGUUAAAGGCCUUCACGAUGACAUCCAAAUCACCUUUCCAUGUGGGCCGAUGGCAUCACAAUGAGUUCCUAGCAUUGAUCACGAGAUCAGCUUGCACCAUCGAAUCUCUUGAUUUCACAGACACCUCCAUCUCAAACGAUCAACUAUUGGAAUGCCUCCAAGCCACGUCUUCGUUACGCCAGCUCUUAAUGGCCUAUUCCAAGCCCCAACCAUCUAGUGAUAUCGAUAGUCUAUUCCACACCCUUACACCGACACUUUCUCUUGGUAAUUCAGUCCAUUACAAGAUCUUUUGCCCGCGGCUGGAGAUGCUGCACGUUCGGACUCGCACAUUCUCUGAGGACGCGGCUAUUGCUAUGAUCGAGCCUCGGCUGCGAGGAUGUGGGCUCAGCGGCGUUACGCAUCUGCAAAAGUUCUGGUGGGGUGUCCCUCCUGGGAAAAACUACUCGGACUUGCGGAGGAAAGUUGCCCAGUUGGAAGCGUAUGCCACGGGGCAUGAGCUUGGUUCUGAGCAGACGAGUUACCGACCCCCAGGGAGCAGGCUUGCGGCUACUGAUCUGGUGCACCUGCGCUUCGAGUUUUCUCCGAGUUGUUAA